CCGGACAGCCAUGGCGGGGGCGGCCGGGCUCAUGGCCGAUGUGACCUGGAAGGUCCUGGAGCGAAGAGCCCGGAGCAAGCGCUCAGAAAGCAGGCGACGGCGGACCUAGCACCUGAUACCCCGCCUCCCUCAGAAACAAAACAAAAGUCGUUAAGUGGCUGUCUCAAUUCUAUGCUCUGUGUCUGUCCCCCAGCCACAGUUUUAAGAUUGCUGUAGUUUAGCCUGGGAUGCUUAUGAUUAGAGUCAACAUUUUGAAAUGGCCAACUCACCUGAUGUGGUCGUCUCCUCUCCGCCUGCUUUCUUAAGGUCUGGUUCAGUUUAUGAACCUCUUAAAAGCAUUCAUCUUCCAAAACCUGAUAAUGAAACUCUGUGGGAUAAAUUGGAUCAUUAUUACAGAAUUGUUAAGUCCACAUUGCUCCUGUAUCAAAGUCCAACCACUGGACUCUUUCCGACUAAAACAUGUGGUGGUGAUCAGAAGGCCAAGAUCCAGGACAGUCUGUACUGCGCUGCUGGGGCCUGGGCGUUGGCGCUAGCAUACAGGCGCAUUGAUGAUGACAAGGGAAGGACCCAUGAGCUGGAGCACUCAGCUAUAAAAUGUAUGAGAGGAAUUCUCUACUGCUAUAUGCGUCAGGCCGAUAAGGUUCAGCAGUUUAAGCAGGAUCCACGCCCAACAACAUGUCUUCACUCUAUUUUCAAUGUGCAUACUGGAGAUGAGGUGCUCUCUUAUGAAGAAUAUGGUCAUCUUCAGAUAAAUGCAGUGUCACUCUAUCUCCUUUACCUUGUGGAAAUGAUUUCUUCAGGACUCCAGAUUAUCUAUAACACUGAUGAGGUUACUUUUAUUCAAAACCUUGUAUUUUGUGUAGAAAGAGUUUACCGUGUACCUGACUUUGGUAUCUGGGAAAGAGGAAGCAAAUACAAUAAUGGCAGCACGGAGCUACAUUCCAGCUCUGUUGGCUUAGCAAAAGCAGCUCUAGAGGCAAUUAACGGAUUCAACCUUUUUGGCAACCAGGGCUGUUCAUGGUCAGUUAUAUUUGUGGAUCUUGAUGCUCACAAUCGCAACCGGCAGACUUUAUGCUCACUGUUACCCCGAGAAUCAAGAUCUCAUAACACAGAUGCUGCCUUGCUCCCUUGCAUCAGUUAUCCUGCUUUUGCCCUGGAUGAUGAAGUGCUAUUCAGCCAGACACUUGACAAAGUGGUGAGAAAAUUAAAAGGAAAAUACGGCUUUAAGCGUUUCUUAAGGGAUGGAUAUAGAACAUCAUUGGAAGAUCCCAACAGACGCUACUACAAGCCAGCUGAAAUUAAGCUAUUUGAUGGCAUUGAAUGUGAAUUUCCCGUAUUUUUCCUUUACAUGAUGAUUGAUGGAGUUUUCAGAGGCAAUCCCAAACAAGUCAAGGAGUAUCAGGACCUUUUGACUCCAGUGCUUCAUCAGACUUCAGAAGGAUAUCCUGUUGUACCAAAGUACUAUUAUGUGCCAGCUGAUUUUGUAGAAUGUGAAAAAAGAAACCCUGGUAGUCAAAAGCGAUUUCCUAGCAACUGUGGCCGUGAUGGAAAACUGUUUCUUUGGGGACAAGCCCUUUAUAUCAUUGCAAAACUCCUAGCGGAUGAAUUAAUCAGUCCUAAAGACAUUGAUCCUGUUCAACGCUAUGUCCCACUGCAGAAUCAGCGUAAUGUAAGCAUGAGGUUCUCCAAUCAGGGCCCACUGGAGAAUGAUUUGGUGGUUCAUGUAGCACUUGUAGCAGAAAGCCAACGCCUUCAAGUUUUUCUCAAUACAUAUGGUAUUCAAACUCAAACUCCUCAACAGGUAGAGCCCAUUCAGAUAUGGCCUCAGCAGGAGCUUGUAAAAGCUUAUUUCCACCUGGGUAUCAAUGAAAAGCUGGGACUCUCUGGAAGGCCAGAUAGGCCGAUUGGUUGCCUUGGAACAUCAAAGAUUUAUCGCAUUCUAGGGAAAACUGUGGUUUGUUACCCAAUCAUCUUUGACUUAAGUGAUUUCUACAUGUCUCAAGAUGUUUUACUGCUGAUAGAUGACAUAAAGAAUGCACUACAGUUCAUUAAACAAUAUUGGAAAAUGCAUGGACGUCCACUCUUUCUUGUUCUCAUUCGGGAAGACAAUAUAAGAGGUAGCCGGUUCAACCCUAUAUUAGAUAUGCUGGCAGCCUUUAAAAAAGGAGUGAUUGGAGGAGUCAAAGUUCAUGUUGAUCGUCUACAGACACUAAUAUCAGGAGCUGUAGUAGAACAACUUGACUUCCUACGAAUCAGUGACACAGAAGAGCUUCCAGAAUUUAAGAGUUUUGAGGAGCUAGAAUUUCCCAAACAUUCAAAAGUCAAACGACAAAGCAGCACCCCUGAUGAUCCCGAACUGAAACAGCAGCCACAUAUCACCAUUGCUGAGUGGAAAAGCAAAUCCACCCAUGAAAUUCUUCAGAAACUGAAUGACUGCAGUUGUUUGGCUAGCCAAGCCGUCCUGCUGGGUAUACUGCUCAAAAGAGAAGGCCCUAACUUUAUUACAAUGGAAGGUACCGUUUCUGAUCACAUUGAGAGAGUCUAUAGAAGAGCUGGCAGCAAAAAGCUUUGGUUGGCGGUACGCUGCGGGGCUGCAUUUACCCAGAAAUUUUCUUCCUCUAUAGCCCCUCACAUUACUACUUUUCUGGUACAUGGGAAACAGGUAACUCUGGGUGCCUUUGGGCAUGAAGAAGAAGUUAUCUCUAAUCCUUUGUCUCCAAGAGUGAUUAAGAACAUCAUCUAUUAUAAGUGUAAUACCCAUGAUGAGAGGGAAGCAGUCAUCCAACAAGAACUGGUCAUACAUAUUGGCUGGAUCAUCUCCAAUAACCCUGAGUUAUUCAGUGGCAUGCUGAAAAUACGAAUUGGGUGGAUCAUCCAUGCUAUGGAGUAUGAACUUCAGAUCCGUGGCAGAGACAAGCCAUCCAUAGACUUAUAUCAGUUGUCACCUAGUGAAGUUAAGCAACUUCUGUUGGAUAUUCUGCAGCCUCAACAGAGUGGAAGAUGCUGGUUGAAUAGGCGUCAGAUCGAUGGGUCUCUGAAUAGAACUCCCCCUGGCUUCUAUGACCGAGUGUGGCAGAUCCUGGAGCGCACACCCAAUGGGAUCAUUGUGGCCGGCAAGCAUUUGCCACAGCAACCAACUCUGUCAGAUAUGACCAUGUAUGAGAUGAAUUUUUCUCUCCUUGUUGAAGACAUGUUGGGAAACAUUGACCAGCCAAAGUAUAGACAGAUCAUUGUAGAGUUACUGAUGGUUGUAUCCAUUGUACUGGAAAGAAACCCUGAGCUAGAAUUUCAAGACAAAGUAGAUCUAGAUAAACUGGUGAAAGAAGCUUUUCAUGAAUUUCAAAAAGAUGAAAGUCGACUAAAAGAAAUUGAAAAACAAGAUGACAUGACUUCCUUUUACAACACUGCCCCCCUGGGAAAAAGAGGAACAUGCAGCUAUUUGACAAAGGUUGUGAUGAAUUUGCUGCUGGAAGGAGAAGUCAAGCCAAGCAGUGAAGACUCGUGUCUGGUUAGCUAGGCAGAAAGGUGGAAGGGGCCCUACUGAGACUGAUUUUCUAGCAGCAUGUGAAGCUUCAUCCAGGUAGCCAUUUCCUCACUGGUCAUGAUGUGAGGUGAUUGUGAUGGCCCUGGCAAAGCAGUAGGCCUUUUGCAUGCCAUUGCCAAUCUAAAGGUGAGAAAUGUUUUAAUCAAGUGAUUAAUCUUUGUGAUUAGCCAACUAUAAUAACCUUCACUGGACAAUAGAAAUAGCCUAUGAAUUGAAAGUUCACUGAUGCAUGUUUUACGAUCGAAUAGUUUGUCAGAAAUGGAUGUGGUGGCACAUACCUAUAAUCCCAAUACUUGAGCUGAGGCAGGAGGAUCGCAGU